CCGUCGCUGCUUCCGUGUCACAUGUCACAAGUUCCCCUCGCCGGACAGUCCACUUCUGGCACCGAAAAACCCCUCAUUACAAUGCAGCCGAUUCCCGAAAAAUUCACGACGCUGGUUUCAGACCUCGAGUUUUUCCUCUGUGAUGGAUUAAAAGGGGAAAAUCUAAGCAAGAAGGCAAAAGAGAAGAGAGAUUCCUUAAUCAAGAGGAUUAAAGAGGUCAAGUUGAAUUUCCCACAAGAUUUUAAGGACAAAAGUGGAGAUGACUCCGACUGCGAGGAGGAAGUGGACAGCAACAACGAUGGAGGAUCGCUGGUGUCAGAGCGUGCAGACAAAGAUGAAGAGGCUUUCGAAGGGGCCCAUCAGUCCCCACCAAUGGCGGCUCAGGACUUGACAUCUGUCUUUAAAGCGGGAUACCUUGAAAAGCGCAGAAAGGAUCACAGUUUCUUUGGCACCGAGUGGCAGAAGAGAUGGUGUGCUUUAAGUCAUCAUGUCUUCUACUAUUAUGGCAGUGACAAAGACAAGCAGCAGAAGGGGGAGUUCAGUAUCGAUGGGUACACCGUCAAAAUGAACAGCGCCUUACGGAAAGACUCAAAGAAGGACUGUUGCUUUGAAAUUACGGCUCCAGACAAGCGCGUCUAUCAGUUCUGUGCGUCAUCGUUCAAAGAGGCGGAGGAGUGGGUGAAACAGAUAGACUUUGUUUUGAGAGAUAUGUCAGGCAUCAUCCCAGAAGAUGAGGAGGAACCGGAAUUGUAUGACGAUGUUGGAGCAAUGGAAGAUAAAGAUGAGCCGAUUGACGAAGACAUCUAUGAAAUGCUCCCAGAGGAGGAGUUGCCCACCCCAGCAAAGCCUCCUCCGAAGUUUGAGCCAGCCGUCAAACCUGCUCCUCCCCCUUCAGUUGAUAAAAGCACAGACUUCCCCAACUUCUACCAGGGCUUAUGGGACUGCACAGGGGACCACCCAGACGAGUUGUCCUUCAAGCGUGGAGAUGCCAUCUACAUAUUGAGCAAGGAGUACCAGAACUUUGGCUGGUGGGUGGGAGAGAAGAGCGGAGCGGUAGGAAUCGUCCCCAAAGACUACUUGAUGGAGCUUUACGCGCUUUAGAUACGACUCCUGACCAUUCCCUCCCAUAUCGACUGUAGGAGACUGAUUAGAAGAAAUUGUUCGUAUUAGUAUUUUUUUUAUAAUAUCUGUAUCUUGCACCCCUUGUUUGUAUUUAUUUCCUGUCUAAAAUUGAGUUUUUCUACAUUGCUUCAUGCACUGCUUUUGACCAAUCUGAUAUUUCUGCAAAUGGUUUGAUUAAUAAAUAUUUCAACAUA